UUUCGCUGUUGGAGAAUCUAGCUCAGCAAUUUGCUGAGCGAAAGUCUUUGCUUUUCCCAUUCUGUAAAGUGACAAGAUUUCUGUAGCUCAUUCCCCAAAAGAUCUGCCAGAAAUUAUUUUGUUCCCCCACGAAAUCUUGGCGCGCUAGCGGCCGCACGCUUCAUCAAGAGCUUCGAGGAGAGCUUCAAGGUUGAAAAGUAAACAUGAAGCCGCGGUUAUUCUCGACAUACCGUUGUUUACACCAUGAGAACCCUUUGGGGUUGCCACGUACUGGUACCAUUCCGCGCAUGCAGCGAGGCUUGCCCGAACGACGCAGCAUUAAGGAUGUUAAGAAAGUAAUUGCGGUAUCUUCUGCGAAGGGAGGGGUUGGAAAGUCAACAAUCGCAGUCAACCUCGCCCUUUCAUUUGCAAGACGCGGCCUCCGAAGUGGAAUCCUCGACACGGAUAUCUUCGGACCCUCUAUACCAACUCUCCUAAACCUCUCCGGCGAACCUCGACUCUCUGAAAAUAAUCAACUUAUUCCGCUGUCGAAUUAUGGCGUCAAGUCUAUGUCUAUGGGAUACUUGGUUGGCGAUGCAGCUCCUGUGGUCUGGAGAGGACUCAUGGUCAUGAAAGCUUUACAACAACUUUUGCACGAAGUCGACUGGGGAGGACUAGAUGUCUUGGUACUCGACUUGCCACCGGGGACUGGGGAUACACAAUUAACUAUCACCCAGCAGAUUGUCCUUGAUGGUGCAAUAAUUGUCUCUACACCCCAAGACAUCGCUCUUAAAGAUGCUGUGAAGGGUAUCAAUAUGUUUAAGACCAUGAAGACACCAAUUCUGGGCAUGGUCCAAAAUAUGUCACUGUUCACGUGUCCGCAUUGUCAGAACAGUACACAUAUUUUUGGAUCACAUUCGGGGGUGACACAUGCCUGUGAAAAGCAUGGAAUUGACUUUCUGGGAGAUAUCCCAUUACACGCAAGUAUCUGUGAUGAUGCUGAUAGGGGAAUGCCAACGGCUGUUGCAGAGCCUGAAAGUGAUAGGGCGAAGGCGUUCAUGGAAAUUGCUGAGACAAUCGGAGCAAAGAUAAACCUAUUUGACAGGUAGCGUGGGCGAAAUCGGCUGGGUGUCUACCUCAUGGCUCCAAAUUCCCCCCUUCGAUCUCAACUGAAGCUAAUGGUUCAUAUACCUGGCCACAAUCAUCCCUCACUUUUGAGACUACCUUGGGUUCCUAUCGAAAUAGUAAAAUUUAGCCUGGUCUCUCGGAACAAAUUCAAGAUAGGUUGUAGGAGUACGUUCAUUCAUUCUCUAUUCCUGCGCCCAUUACUGUAAAUAAAUGAACAGCCAUGUUAGCCUCCGUCGCCAGUGCAAAACUUUCUGGAAUUGGGACCAUGACUCCUUGCCGCAACGCCAUAUACUUGCAAAAACAAUUUGUCCAUUCUCAAGCUCACCCCCACCUAGAACUCCUCGUCUCCGUUGGUCUGGUAGAUGUGACGACUGCGGGUUGGGUCUUUUCUCAUACUCUGGCCAGAGCCUGUGAAACCAACUAUGCACAAUUAGCAAGAUGUCGGGAUCAAGAAUCCACAAACUCACCUCUACCAUUAACGCCGUCUGGCGUGCGGAACAUGCUGUCUUUCUUCGUAGCCUUCCCAAACUUGCCCUUGGCCGCAAAGUCCUGCCACUUUGAUUUGCCAGCUUCCAAUUCUUUGUUUGCCUUGAUCUUCUUGGGAACUUUUGCAGGUCGAACGGGACCAUCACUGACCUUACUUGGCUCACGCUUGGUCUGAUGUGCAAGCUCUGGGUUGAUAUCUGCUGCAGCCGAUAUGACGUUCGUGUUGACCGGGGGAGAUGGUAAUGAAGCAACAACUGGUGUGCCAUCAGCUUUACGCUUGUUUGGAUUGAUCAUGGGUUUGAUAUCCUUGGCUCUCAGGGUUUCUGUCGAGUCAUAACUUUUGAACUUGACAAUGUAAACCUGGUUCGUAGAAGAACCUGUAAUUGAAGUGAUUCGUGCUGGAUAGAAUCCUUUAUCGCCAGAAUGCCAUUUUGCCAUCACUGUAUCGUUCACUUUGAAAGUCGUUGGGUUAUCGGCUUCUUCGGUCGGCGUGGGCGCAUUUGACUUCUUGAAAGCAGGGUGAUUUUCUCUGGACCAUUUCUCCUUCGUUGGCGGAUCUUGUGUCUUCUUCGAUACUUCUACUGGGGCUGAAGGGGGCUUUAGCUCUGCGAUCGUUGCUUCGGUGAGGGAGAUGACUUGUUCGAGUUCAGUCUUUAAUUCCUGAAGCUCUGCGCUGUCCGGAUCAGCUUGUAGACCCAGUUGAACCGUUUCCAG